UCUCAGUCAGUUCGCCUUGUGGAGACAGCUCAGACGGAGGGGAACCGAGACCACUCGUGUGAAUGUUGUGCGUGGACCAUCACCAGCGCGCUGAAGCCUACCCGCCCCGUGCACACGCGUGAUCCGCCCGGCGCGGUGUGACCGAGUCACGCCUUUGUGUUUUUUUUUUUUGUUUGUUAGUUUUUUUUUUUUGAGCGGGCGGGCGGGGGGUUGAUUUUUUUUCUUAAUUUGUAUUUUUUUUUAAGGGGCUUGUUUUUGUUAUUGUUGUUGCAUGUCAGGAGGGUCGGAGCUGCUGGUCGCGCCGGCUCUGCGGCUAUUUGUCUGCGCUCUCCGAGCCCCCUCCCUCCUCCUAUGGGACUCUAAUUAAUCGGAGGCAUGUGGACUCGCACCAGGAUUAGACAUCGCUUCCUAAUAGUGUGCCUGCUGUUGACGUUAUGGGCCAAGGCGUCCCAGUCAACAGGCUAUUUCGAGCUGCAGCUGAUCUCGGUCGAGAAUGUGAACGGCGAGUUGGCGAGCGGGGAGUGUUGCGACGGCUCCAGGAGCUCCCAUGAGGAUCUGCGCUGUGUGGAGGAUGAGUGUGACACUUACUUCAAGGUGUGCCUCAAGGAGUAUCAGGUGGACAUCACCACUGGGGGGGCCUGCACCUUUGGAGCUGGAUCUACGCAAGUUCUCGGUGGAAAUAUGUUGAACUUUCAGAGCGCAAAGAACAAAAUCGACGACGCUGGCAAGAUUGUCAUCCCGUUCCAAUUCGCAUGGCCGCGAACAUAUACCUUACUCGUUGAGGCCUGGGAUUGGGACAACACCACCCGCAACAAUGACGACGAGCACCUGAUCGAGCGCAGCGCUCACACGGGCAUGGCCAACCCCGGCGACCCCUGGAAGACCGUCCCCUACGACGGGCCCGUGGCUCGCAUCGUCUACCGCAUCCGUGUGCGCUGCGACGACAACUACUACGGCAACAAGUGCAAUAAACUGUGCGUCCCUCGCAACGACUACUUUGGCCACUAUCGCUGCGAGCAGUCCGGCGCUCAGGUUUGCCUGGAUGGCUGGAUGGGUCCCAACUGUAAGAUAGCAAUCUGCAAGCAAGGUUGUAAUCUGCUUCAUGGUGGUUGCUCCGUUCCAGGGGAAUGCAGGUGUAAAUACGGCUGGCAGGGUCAGUUCUGCGAUGAGUGCACCGUGUUCCCCGGCUGCGUCCACGGCACUUGCAACAUCCCCUGGCAGUGCAGCUGCGAGAGGAACUGGGGUGGCCUGUUGUGCGAUAAAGAUCUCAAUUACUGCGGUCGGCACCAGCCGUGCGUCAACGGGGGCACGUGCAUGAACACCGAGCCCGACGAGUACUACUGCGCGUGUCCACAAGGCUACUCGGGCAAGACGUGUCAGAUCGCUGAGCACGCCUGUGUGUCCGGUCCUUGUGCAAACGGGGGUACAUGCCAUGAGGGUUCCUCGGGCUUCGAGUGCCAGUGUCCACCAGGGUGGGAAGGACCAACCUGUGCAAAAUAUUCGGACAACUGCGCUUCCAACCCGUGUGCCCGCGGUGGAACCUGCAUCGACCGGGAAGAUGGCUUUGAGUGCGUGUGCCCACCUGAGUGGGAGGGAAAGACGUGCCAGAUUGAUGCUAAUGAGUGUGCAAGAAAGCCGUGUGCGAACGCUAAAUCUUGCAAAAAUUUGAUUGGUGGAUAUCACUGCAACUGUUUUCGCGGAUGGUCCGGACAAAACUGUGACAUCAACAUGAGCAGCUGCCACGGUCAAUGCCUGAAUGGAGCGACGUGCAAGGACAGCCCACGCGGUUACCAUUGCCAGUGCCCGCCGGGCUUUGUGGGCUCUCGCUGUGAAAUCCAACGGAAUAAAUGUGACGGCAGACCCUGUCAGAAUGGAGGCCAAUGCCACGCCGUGUUAGGUGGCUUUGUGUGCCAGUGCCCGAUGGACUUUGCGGGACAACUGUGCGAGAUGCGGAUCUCAUCCCCUUCGGAUGCCUGCGAUCCAAACCCAUGUGAGAACCAGGCCAAGUGCCACAGUAUGGUCCAAGACUUCUACUGCGCAUGUCCCGACGGCUUUGAGGGUAAAACCUGCGAGCGACCCAAGGUGGACUGCAAAAGCACCCCUUGUCAAGUUAUCGACAGCUGCACUGUUGCCAUAGCGACCAACGACUCGGCAGAAGUGCGGCGCAUCUCCUCUAACGUCUGCGGACCUCGAGGGCGCUGUGUGAGCGGGCUGGACGGCAACUUCACUUGCAUCUGUGAACCGGGGUUCAGCGGCAUCUACUGUCAUGAAAACAUAAACGACUGCCUCAGAAGCCCAUGUAGAAACGGGGGCACCUGCAUUGACGGCAUCAAUACGUUUCAGUGCUUCUGUCCUGACGGCUGGGAGGGAGAACUCUGCGACCGCAAUGUCAACGAGUGCGGCCACAACCCGUGUAAGAAUGGCGGCCGCUGCGUCGACCUGGUGAACGACUUCUACUGCGAGUGUGCCGACAACUGGAAGGGCAAGACCUGCCAUUCGCGCGAAAGCCAAUGUGACGCCACCACAUGCAGUAAUGGAGGCACGUGCUAUGACCACGGGGACACCUUCCGCUGUGCCUGCCCACCCGGCUGGGGAGGAAACACAUGCAACACAGCCAAGAACAGCACAUGCGCCUCAAGUCCUUGCUUGAAUGGUGGAACCUGCGUGGGAGGAGUCGACACCUUUACUUGCAUCUGCAAAGAUGGCUGGGAAGGACCCACCUGCGGCCAAAAUAUAAACGACUGCAACCCUCAUCCAUGUUACAACGGAGGCAUCUGCGUGGACGGAGUCAACUGGUUCAGAUGCGAGUGCGCCCCCGGGUUUGCCGGGCCUGACUGCAGAAUCAAUAUCAACGAGUGCCAGUCUUCACCGUGUGCCUACGGCGCAACGUGUGUGGAUGAGAUCAACGGUUUUCGCUGCGUUUGUCCACUCGGUAGAACAGGAGUCCGAUGUCAAGAAUUCAUAGGUAUCGGGGCGUCAUGCCACUACGCCGGGCUUCAGUUUCCUCACGGCAGCCGAUGGGAGGAGGAGUGUAACAGCUGCUACUGUGGCAACGGCAAAGUGGACUGCACAAAGGUUCAGUGUGGUCGACGGCCCUGCCGCCUGCCGGUCUCGGGCCAGGACGCCAGCAGUCAGUCCUGCCCUGCCGGACGUGAAUGCGAAGCGCACGGAUACCUGACGUGUUUUUCAGCUCCUUGUCAUCAGUGGGGGGUUUGCUCCCAAGCGCUCACACAAACAAGCACCAAAUGUCAGCCAAACAGCGGGCACCUGGACAACAACUGUGGCCGCAUCACACUGGUUUUCGACAAAGACAAAGUCCCGCCGGGAACAACGGUGGAGAACAUCUGCUUUGAGCUGAGGUAUCUUCCGGCCACCCGAACUUUGGCAAAGGACCACAACCUCCACCUGCUGUGCGACCUGUCUCACUCCAGUCAGGACGCCGUGGAAGUGGCCAUAUCUUUCCAGCCCGAGGAUCUCGCAGACAACAGCCUAAUACAGGAGACGGCCAACGCCGUAGUGAGCGCCUUGUCCAAGAGAAACAGCAGCGGCAUCAUGUUGGCCGUCAUUGACGUCAAAGUGGAAACGCAACGGGUCGCAUCCCGUUCAUUGGAUUACCUGGUACCUCUGCUCUGCGUUCUCUUUGGUUUGCUCUGCCUCUUCUGCAUCAUCGUUUGCGUUUGGUGGACUCGCAAACGGAGAAAAGAGCGCGAAAGGAACGCGCGCUCGCCGGCCGUCGACGGCGUCAACAACCAUUGGGACCCACUUCGGCGGGUGGCGGGACAUCAGCAGCAGCAGCAGCAGCUGCUGAAGGAGAGCAACAGGGAGGCCGAGCAGGAGCGCAAAAAGCUCAUGGGGCCCUCCUAUCGGACGUGUGAUGAAGAGGAGGAGGAGGGCGAGGAGGAGACGGAAGGCGAGCUCGAGCUGGAGGAAGAGCCGCGCGGAGCCGAGGCGGGGAAGCAGCCGGUUUAUAAGUACUCAAAGAGCGCAGUGCACUCGAGUGGGGGGCUGAUCUGCACCACGCACAGUUCAAGUUCGCCCCUAAAGGCGCCCCACCGGACCCCAGGCUACAGCCCCAAAGACAACCGCUGGAAAAAUGUCAGCGCCGUCAUGACUGGCCAGAAAGACGUCAGAGACCAUUGUGUAUAAGACAUUUCAACAAUAGACUCGCUAAGUGGAAGUGAGGAGCUGCGAGUCAGCCCCCCUGCCCCCUCCCCUCUUUUUUUUCUUUUUUUUUGGGGGGGGGGACUGACUACCUUUGGGAAGAAGAAGGCUUUUGUAUUACAAUAAGCCAUUAUUUGCUUUGUGAUCAUCGUAUUUGUCACCGCCACCUGACAUUGUGGACAUGUCCCCCCCCCCGACCCCCCCAUUAAUGAUCUGCCGUACUGAAAGCUUUUCAGGAGGUAAUAGAAGCCUCCUGCAAUUUCUGUUUGUAAAAACAAUUUUACCAUUUAAGAAACAAAGAAUUUAGGGAAAGUAGAGGGGGGGGGCGGAUCUGUAUAAUUUGCUUAUUUUUACAGACUGUUACGUCUGCAGGCGUCCAUGAUGGGGUGGGGACCGAUCUAAAUUUCAAAGGCCCGGAAGGGUUUGAUUGGGUUGUUGCCGUCGUAACGACGGAGGAAAAUCCCUCCCUCGGUUUUACCCUCGUACCUGAGGCCAUCACACGCCAGCCUUACCAAAUCACUCGGCUUGUGGGAGGGAAGGAGGCGGGGGGGGGGGGGGGGGGGGCAGAAACCCCAGUGCCUACUAUGUGGCCUUUGACUAACUUUGUCCUGUCUCUCAAUUGUCUUGGCCCGAAAGCUCCGUUUUGAGGAUUUCUUUUGCAGUAUUUGAGUUGGUAGCAAGUGCCUUUCUGCGAGCCCGCUUCAGGCUCCCCAAGUCGCGCUGCCCAGUUUGACCUUCUUGUUUCUCAAUCGCAAAAUGUCGACGUGUGCAUUGAACGAGUUCCCUUUCCACAGCAACGCCAUUCAAGGUAUUUUGAUCCAAACAGAAAUGAUAACUCUGUACAUAUUGUGUAAAUACAAAAAAAAAAAAAAGGAGUCGCUGUGUAUAUUUGAAAUAAGUAACUUAAGACAAGUCACACAUUUUUAUUAUUAUUGUUAUUAUGGUUAAUAUUAUUUUUAUUAUUAUUUUUUUUUUUUUUUACAACGCCAUUCCUUUUAUUUAUGCCAGUCAAAAUCGGCAGGUUUUAUGUCAUUUCCAGAGUCACACCGUAAAGAACCUUUACAAUGAGGUACCAGUGAUGAAGGACUUUUUGAAGGGGUUAAAAAUGGCUUGUUGCAGGGAACUUUGCUUUUGACGUGACCUUUUCGUCCUGAUUUUUAGUUUGCUAACUUAAACCGGUUGAUGCGUUGCUCAUACGUGGCGAAUAAUGAUGAAUGUCAGGCCAAAUCAUUGCAGUUUGUCAUCUCGGUAUGUCCCAACCUGUGCUGUAUUUUGCUUGGUCAAAUGACUCGUGUUAAUUUAUUCCAGCUCGCGAUUUAAGAGUGAUUAUUUUAUUGUAAUUUUUUUCUUUUUUUGGUUUUUGUUUUGUUCUGUCAGGAUUUGGCCCAACAUGGCAGCCUUAAAGUGGUUUACCGGCGCAACACGAACCAUUUCUAAGCCCAUCAUAAACCCUUUUUUUUUGUUUUUUUGUUUCAGGUGCCUUAAUGUAUUGAGUGAUGCAUAAUUUGUGUAAUCUGUUGUCAUCAUUUUAUGUUUUUCUUUUCACAAGUAACUCUUUGAAACAUUGUGUGUUGUAUUGUGGCGUGUUUUCUUCGCCUUUGUAAAGUGCUUUCCUGGUCUCACUUUUCUUUCAUGGAGAUUUCUGGCUAAUAUUGAAAAGAAGAAUUGAAAAGGAAGAAAGAGGGGGUUAACAAAAAAAAAAACAAUUCUAUCCACGAUGGCUCUUUUUAAGUGUCCUGAGUGUGGAUAGCAGUAGGUCAAAUGUGGACAAACCCGCAUUAUCUUCAUGUUUUGGUUUCAAGGCUUUAAUGAAGGGAACAAUGUUUGCAUAUGCUAUCUUGCAAGUGUGUUUGUUUCAGUUACCAACUCAGUCCAAAAAUGGCUCAUAUAAUGUAAGACCAUCAUGCUUUCUGUUAUUGGGACACAGCAAAAAUAAAGAAUUAAAACGGCAUCACUGCUGGUGUAAAAA